GCGCCCCGGUUCCUCUCCUAAUUUAUCCCAGAUUAUUUUAUCAAUUUCAAAACUUCUCCCCAAGUCCCAACUUCCAACAGCUACUGGCUCCUGGCGCUUCUCCAACUUCUUCGGUCCCCACUCUUUAGCGGCGGAAAUGAUCAUCAAGGGGUUGUUUAGAAGAUAUCAGCGGUGGAAUCCAGUGCAUCCAACAUUAGGAGCCUUUUGGGGCAUGGGAUUAGGUAUUGGUUGUGGUGUUGGAUGGGGGCCUGGUUUUGGUCCUGAGGUGAUCGGUUAUGUUGGCGCUGGUUGUGGUGCUGGAUUUUGUGUUGGGAUUACUCUUGCCGGUAUCGGCAUUGGUCUUCCGGCUAAUUAUGUCUACACACUUCCUUACAACGCUUUGGUGGCCGCUAGAACUGGUGCUUUGGGGAUUGCUGAAUCAAAUAGUGUACGUAGCAUGAAAAAUGUUGCAGGGGAUGGUUGGUCUAACUUAAGAGGAACUAUCCCUGGAUUGCAACAGAAAGGAAGUCAAAUGUUGCCAGGGUUUGGAAUCAGAAAUCCUUUAGAGAACAUGUUGGACAUUUCUAACGUGAAAAACGCAAUUUUUUCCAGCUCAACACCUAUGAUGAACGAGCUACAAAGAAUCAGGAGUCACUUCUUUCCUCCGCACAAAGGUUCAAAAGAAUGACAGAGACCCCAAAGAGUGUGGUAUGUUUUGUAUCAUUGUCAUUGCAGAUUAGACGUUUUCAUCCAAGCACACUUCUUGGCAGUUUUCAUUUUUGAUCUUUCAUAACACUUUCAGUACUUAUUUCACGACAAGUCUAAAAGUGCACUUGUGAACUUAUGACACAGAGACACGAGGGCUCCAUUUCUUGUCCCAUGAGUCUCUAAUUUACAAGAAGGGCUCAAUGCAGGAUCGAUGAAAUUUAUCUAUUAUUUAUUAGUACAUUCUUCACAGUUACGGUUCUAUCACAAAA